AUAUAUUCUUCAAAUUAUUAGCUUUGUCAUUUGCAAGGCUCGCAUAGAGUUAGUUAAAGGUGGAGGUUAUCUUAAUAAGGAUAUAUAUUCACGAGAUGGUGGAAAAACCGAACCCCAUCUAAACAACAAACGCGAGGGCAAGGUGAUUGGACCCGCAUUCGAUCGACGAUUCGGUCGACGAGACUCCUUCCGAUCGAUACCCGUUGAAUUCGAACGCCGGUCGAGGAGGAGAGUCCCGGCGCUCGGGGGGGGAGAUGACGACCGCCGCCCCACGCGGAUUCGGAGUUCCGUGGCCGGAGCUCAACGACGGGAUCUUCUACAAGGACGUCGUUCCGUCUUCCGAUCACGAGACGACGCUCAUCCAGUUCUAUUCGAGCAAAUACGGAAAUUCGGCUCCAGUCCAAGGGAUCGCGUUGCAGAGCAGAGAGAAGCCUUGUGGCAUUCGUGAUUCGAUGAGUUGUGGUUUGAGUUGGUGGACACGGUGGGGAGUGAAAAGUUGCAGUUUUGAUGGGAAUUGUCCUUCCUCGGAGGGCUGUGCAACCGGUCCAGGUUCUGGUUCCAAAUUUUUGGAACCGGUGCUAGGCAGUUGGUUGCAGCGAAUUCAAAAUGGACAGAUUAAAAUCGAUGGUAGAGUUGUUACGGACCCAAACGAAAGCGUAAGUGCAGGAUUAGAAGUAGUCUACCAUAGACUUCCUUGGAAAGAGCCCGACGCGCCUUACUUUCUUGGAAUCCUCUAUGAAGAUGAUAAUAUGAUUGCUCUCAACAAGCCCUCUGGGCUGCAAGUUUUACCUGGAGGACUUUUUCAACAGAGAACUGUCUUGUCACAGCUCCAAUGGCAAGAUAGCAAGCAGAGCACUUUACUAUCAUCACAAGAACCACAACCUGUACCUGUUCAUCGGCUUGGUAGGGGCACAUCAGGCAUACUGCUUUGUGCCAAGACAAAGAUUGCAAAGUCUCGCCUUUCGAUCUAUUUUGCGGAUGGAACAUCUCUCGUUGGAGGGAAAAGAAAUACCACUAAGGAGCCCAGUUCAGUCAGGAAAAUUUCAAAGAUAUAUCGUGCACUAGUAAAUGGACUAGUUGAUGAGGAUGAGGUUAUUAUUACUGAGCCAAUUGGAGUAAUAAAGUAUCCUGGUGUUGCUAAAGGGCUUUAUGUUGCUUCCCCCUCAGGUAAGCCAGCUCUGAGCAAAGUUAAGGUUCUUGAGAGAAAUGUGCAGGGAAAUUGCUCUUUGGUUCAGGUUGAGAUCCAGUCUGGUCGUCCACAUCAAAUACGUAUUCAUCUCUCAUUUAUAGGGCAUCCCUUGUUAGGUGACCCUCUUUAUGUCAGUGGUGGGAAACCAGGAUGCUUUGAUUCUCAAUCUGUGGAUGAAGGUUUUGCACAGGAUGGUGGGUAUUGUAGGCCUCAACACGCAGUUCCAGGGGACUGUGGCUAUUUCUUGCACGCACAUCAACUGCUUCUCUCACACCCAGUUACAGAUGAGGUAAUUAAGAUCACUGCGCCUUUACCAUCUAUCCUCCAAGGUCAAGGAGAGGCCCAGAGCAUUCAACGAGAGUCGGUUGGAAACUUUUAGUGAUCUUGCUGGGUAAGAACGACUCUUCUGGGCAAUUGAUUGCACAGAAAUUUCCCUUUUCUCAUUCGAAGAUCUGGACUGUUAGAAAUCUAGCAUGAUUGCAUUGAGGUACUGCGUAAGGACGGGGAUGAGGAUGUCCAUUUAAAGCUUGUUGCCCUCUUUUUCGGUGUUGAGGGCAGUGUUUUCUGUUGGAUUAGGCCCUUCUCAUUCUCCCUGAGCAAUUUUUCGCUUCCAUUAUUAUUAUGACGGUGAUCGACGGAGAUUAUUAGUUUCUUAGAUUAGUCUGGGAGGAAAGGCUUGGAAAUGAAAAUUGAACGAGGCGGCUCUCUGUGCUAGAAA